CAGAGAGUAGAGAAGCACUCUCUGCUGUUUCUCAAUCUCAGGAAAACUCUUCCUUUUCUAUUCUCUACCCCCAGCAAGAAGAAUGGUGCUCUGGUUUUUCAUCAUCGUGUGGACCUUUGCCUACAUCACAAGCCUGAGCAUUCUCAGUGCCAUUAGCACGGAGCGCUGCCUGUCCGUCCUGUGUCCCAUCUGGUACCGCUGCCACCGCCCAAGAUACAUGUUAACUGUGAUGUGUGCCCUGCUCUGGGCCCUGUCCCUGCUGCCGAGCAGCCUGGGAGGGAAGUACUGUGGCUUCCUGUUACGAGAUUUUGACGAUGGUUGGUGUUGGGCAUUUGAUUUCAUCGCUGCCACCUGGCUGAUUUUCUUAUUUGUGCUUCUCUCUGGGUCCAGCCUGGCCCUGCUGACCCGAUUGCUGUGUGGCCCCCAUCGGCUGCAGGUGACCAGGCUGUACGCAACCGUGGUGCUCACAGUGCAGGUUUUCCUCCUCUGCGGCCUGCUCGGCAUUCACUGGUUCCUCUUACACUGGAUUCGGAGGAGUUCUGAUACAGUCCUCAGGCAUCUUAAUCUGGCUGCAAUUGCCCUGUCCUGUGUCAACAGCUGUGUCAACCCUAGCAUUUACUUCUUCGUUGGCUCCUGUAGACAGCGGUGGCCACAGCGGCACAAGAGCCUCAAGAUGGUCCUCCAGAGGGCUCUGCAGGACAUAUCAGGAGGGGAUGAGAGUGAAGCCAGCCUUCCUCAGGAAACUCUGGAGAUGGCAGGGAGCGGGCUGGUGUCCUGA